GGCUGGAACAAUUCUGUUGCUUUUCAGAUGAGAGAGGAAUAUUCUAGGAGUGUUAAUAUAGUAGCGGUGUCAUGCACAGCCCUCUAGAAAGAGCGAGUAAAAGAGUGCAGGAGAUGAGGAGUAGGACAAAACGUUUUUGGGUAAACGAUCCGUUCUGGUGGCAUGUAACACUGCUGUGUCCUAUCAAGAAGAUGUAAAAUAAAUACUAUAUUUAAUACUGUAUUACACAAUCAGUUGUUUUAAUCCGUUCAUGGAUUUGUGGACUUCAUGUGUAUUAUUUUAAAGAAAUUCCUAACAGUUUAAAGACUGAGAAGAGAUAUGGACAAGAUCCUGGAGACAGUUAUGAUGUCACCACAUUCCAGAUUGGUGAAGCAGGGCAUUUUGAGGAGAGUGGUUGAGUCAGCCUCACAGCCCCUGGACAGCUCUCAGUGUAUGGCCAUUUUCCAGGUGUCCACUAAGCUCUUCCUCACUGGAAACUCUCAGUUCAAGCGAGAUGCUGGUUUGGAAGUCCUUGAGGCCUAUGCUCAGCACCACAAAUUGGAGUUUGAGGAGUUCUUCAAUGUGAGAUUUGUCUUGAACCUCCUACGGGAAGGUUAUGGGCCAGUAGGAAGGCAGAGCCCUCUAAUAUUCCACUACCUUCAAGUGGGGCUGCUUCUUGUGGCAAAUACUCCUUCAACUCUGAACUUGUUCCACAUGGUACAGAUUGAGAUUCUGCGUAUUGUGUGUGAGAGGCCCGGUCCGGAAGUGUGUGAGCAGCUAGCGCGCCUGCUGAACACUUGCCCUCAGUGCGCACCUAGUGGAAACCUACAGACUGUGUUCUGUCAGCAACUUAUGCAAACCAUUCAUCACUUCCAGUGCCAGAGCCAGAAUGAUGAUGGCAUUGUUACCUUCCUAGAACGUGUCACCAAGACAAGUAGCAUGCUGCAGAUAGUCUGGAGGACCAACAUGGCCACUAUUCUGCCCUCUCUCAAGGAGCUCUUCAUUAUAAUCUCUACACCUAGAGAAGAAGAGGAUACUGUUACCUCAAACACCCUGGCCAGUGUGGUGCAAUACAUACCCUUGGAACUAAUGGAAGGAACAGUACGCAAUCUCACCAAUGAUAAGAACAUCUCUGAUGCCCAGAUGAUGACAGCCAUCUGCAGAAUGAUGGACUGGUUGUCUUGGCCAUUCUCCAGAAAUAUAGACAAGUGGGUUAUCGCUUUGAUGAAAGGAGUUGCAUCAGUGAAAAAGUGUGUGAUCUUGGUUGAGGUGACACUUGCUAAGAUUGAGGAGGUAUUCCAGAAGUUAUUUUACCCCAUUGUGCGAGAAGCGGCACUGUCCGUGUUAUCUUAUUUGCUGCUCAGUUUUCAACACUCCCCUGAAGCAUUUCACUUGCUACUGCCCGAAAUCCCGCCUCUCAUUGGCCGCCUCGCAGCUGAGGAGUCAGCCUCGGCCCAGCUUUGCCUGCAGCAGCUUGUGGAGCUGGUGCACUGCCUUGUCAUCCGUUUCACUGGAUUCCCAGACAUCUACCAGCCCGUUCUUGAGAUCAUCAAGGACAUUGCUGUGCCCAGUGAGGACCGGAUUAAGCAGAUAUUGAAACAAGGGGCUUGGACUCCUCAAAAACCGAAUCAAGUGGCCCUCUGUCACAGGCUGACACCAAAAUCUGAGACAGGCAAAACUGGACUGAUCAAUCUGGGUAACACCUGCUACAUGAGCAGCGUCAUUCAGGCUCUCUUUAUGUCUCCUGACUUCCGACAUGCUGUCAUGGCUCUGAAGAACUGCGAUCUCCUUCCAGUCAUGGGAGAAUUGCAGAGGCUAUUUGCUUUUCUGCAGCACAGUCAGCGUCCAGCCAUUUCUCCUGACAAAUUUUUGUAUGUAUCUACCCCUGCCUGGUUCACCCCUGGCAGCCAGCAGGACUGUUCUGAGUACCUCAAGUACUUGCUUGACAGACUCCAUGAAGAGGAAAAUAAAAGUGCACAAAUCGUCAGAGGAAGACCUUCUGAAACGUCUGGCAGUGGGUCAUUAAUCAAGAAGCUGUUUGGUGGGAAGCUGGUGACCCAUAUCCGCUGCUUACGCUGUCAGAACAUCUCACAGAGGGAGGAAGACUUCAGUGACCUGUCCCUGGCAUUUCCACCACCUAGCUAUCACGUGGAAGCCUUCACCAUUAGCCCUUUUCCUGUAGUGGAAGGGGCCGAACCACCAUUACAGUCUCAACGCAGAGUUCCCUCAUCCCCCAAAGGAGACAGAAGGGCAGGCAUGUUGGAUGUCGGGGGCGUUCCCGUGGAGACAAUCGGCUGUGUAAACAAUGCGGAGUCUCCGCACUUGAGUGAAGAGCCUGAAUGUUCAUCUGCUGCCUCAGAAGAUGACUGUAUGCAUUCAGACACUUCCUUCUCAGUCCCUGAUCUGAUCAACUUCUUCUUGAUGUCAGAAAUAAUGGCAGGAGAGAAUCAGUACCACUGCCAGAUCUGUGACUCCUUGCAGAAUGCAGAGAAGGCCGUGGAGCUGACCAGAGUUCCCCAUUAUCUCAUCUUGACGCUGCUGAGAUUCUCAUUUGAUUCGGCGACUAAGAAGCGAAAGAAGAUCCUUGACAAUGUGUUUAUCCCAAUAGUUUUGAAAAUGCCCGUCAGAAAUCCUUCUAGGCAGGUGGAGUCCAUUGGAGCCGGGCAGGUGGCUGACACUACAGAAGACAGUUUGUACACCUCAGUGCAUUUUGACCUUGUCAGUGUGGUGGUGCAUUCUGGGUCAUCGUCUGACAGUGGGCAUUACUACUGCUACGCAAGGGAAUGGAGCAGCAGAGGAGCUGGUGAGGUAUCUCCCAAGCAAGAUGCCUCGGCUGAUGACUCUGGGGUGGAAGAUCACUGGUUUCUGUUCAAUGACACUAGGGUCUCCUACUCCAGCUUUGGAUCAGUGAGCAAUGUGACCACUCACUUCCCUAAAGACACAGCAUACAUGAUGCUGUACCAGAAGCGGGCCACUCGGCGUAGAGAGCCUGAAGACCAGAAUGUUUCUGCUGCGUUGAAUGAAGGAGAGCCUCUUGUCAAGGACCUGAUUGAGGCAGUUAGAAAAGAUAACAAGCUUUACACUCAGGAACAGGAGAGGGGAGUGAAACACAGGGCUGCUCUUUCCCCCUCGGCAGCACAGCCUGUGGUUUGGCUUAGAAAGACCCCGACUCAGGACCAUGGCAGAAGUGCGAGGAAACAGAAGCCUAACGAUGAUGUGCCAUCGAUUUAAAAACCCUUUUCUGGACAUUUAACAUUGAAGAGAGGCCAUCCCUGGGAAUAGGGUCUGUCAUUGCUAAGAGUGCCUUCCCCUUAGACCAGGGGUGUCCAAUCUUAUCCGCAAAGGGCCGCUGUGUGUGCGGGUUUUCGCUGCAACUUCCUAAUUAGAUUACUAAUUAGAGGACUGAUUGGCUGAAAAGUCCUCACACCUGGGUUUGAACAGCUGACCUACAGGUUAUCCCAAAAACCAGCAUAUACACCGGCCCUUUGCGGAUAAGAUUGGACACCCCUGCCUUAGACUGAUGUAAUGAGUGGCAGGUUCUUUAUUGCAAAGCUGUGAAGCCUAGAUUAAUAUUGCUUUGAAACUUUACUUUGCUACUGUGAUUUUUUUUUUAUGUAAUGCAAAUAUAAAUCCACAUUUGCUAGUAACAUGGCUUAUGUACUGUUAUUUAUGAUAUAAAAAAAUUACCCAUUGAAAUAAAACUUCAAUUGUCUUGUACCUAUAAUUAAAACCUAUGAAUAGCAUUCUUUUUAAAUUAUUGAUAAAUUAGCAAAAUGCUUAGUCAUUGUAGGACGAAAAGCUAAAAGCAUACUAUGUAUAGCAUGUACACGUCCGUUGCAACUACUAUUAAAUGGUACUUUGACAUGACUGCCUGUACAAACAUACAUAUGGGCAUAACAUUUAAAUAUAAUCAAUUCCUAAUAUGUUUGCGUCUACUUCAUUCAUAAACUGAAACUAUAUUGAAUAUAAGCAGUAAAUGUAUAGCUGAAUACACUGGUAAAGAAGCAAAUAAAAUAGUACAGUAUUAUUGAAUUUGAACUGUUGUUCUGUGAAUAAAAGUAUUGUACAGAA